AUGGUGUCCUUGCCCCCGGUGGCCCCAGGAGACCUGGACACGUACUGGUCUGGCACGGCUCCCAUCUGCCUGGGGGGCUGCAAGGGGAGGCACAAGGAGCUGAAGAGGAGCCAGUGUGGGAACGGCAGCUGCUGCUGGCUGGGCUACAAAUCCUUCUGCAGAGUGAACUGCGGGCGGCCCGAGGCGGAUUUUAACUCGGUGGUUCACGGCAACGAUUGGUGGGUGGGCUCCGUGGUGCGCUACAGCUGCCGGCCCGGCUUCGUGCUGCUGGGGGACCCCGCCAGCGCCUGCCAGUCCGAUGGCCAAUGGAGCCCCAAGCCCUCCUGCCUCCGGAUCUGCCUGCGGGGCCGCAUCGAGAUCAGCGAGCGGGACCUCACGGGCCGGUGCUCCUCGUCCUGCGGCAGCCAGGAACACCUGGGAGCCUCCCCCAGCCGCGGCUGCAUCAAGAUCUCGGGCUGUGUCACCAAGCUGUCGGGCUGGCCCCACUGGCUCCAGCGCUGCGACAUCUGCGAGUGCGACUGCCACGUGCCCUGCGGUUCCUCCAGGUAGAGCUGGGCCAGCCGGGGCUGUGGCCGCUGUGCUGAGGGACGUUCCCACCCAGGCUCCUGCUUCCCUUCGCCAGAGUCUCCAUUGUGCUCCCUCCGUAAGCUCUGUCUGUCCCAAGGCUGC